AUGCCGUCGUCCACCGCGCCGCCCAUGACAGAUAUCGGCCCCAGUGACAUGACAGGCGACCAGCUCGCACGCUCCACGACACGCGUGUUCGCCGAGACGCAGUACGGUGGCGUCACUGGAGGCUGCGUCGACAACGGCUGUCAAGUCUUCCUCAAUGUACCGUACGGCCGCGACGUCGCGCGCUGGGAGGACCCGCAACCGCUUCCUCGCGACUACAAGUACCCCGCCGACAAGGAAUACGUCGUCGAUGGGCUGUACUGCGCACAGCCAAACCGCGCGUAUACCCUGCAGAUUCCAGUCCGCGACCGCCUGGGGUUGGGCCAGCCCACCGAGAACCCCUUCUUCGCCGACAUCUACGUCCCCAGCGACGUGCGUCUAGACGACAGCCUCAGCCUCGAGCGGGACCUGCGUCCCGUGCGUGUGUUUCUGCACGGCGGGUUCCUGCAGUUUGGCAGCACGAGCGGGCAGCAUUACAACCAGCAGUUCUUUGCUGCGGAGCACUAUGGCGAAGUCCGCGUGUUGCUCGGGCACCGCCUUUCGGUCCUUGGUUUCCUUGGGAGCGAGGCACCUUUCGUCUCGGGAAACUUUGGCUUCAAGGACUGCUGGCUCGGUCUGCAAUGGAUCCGGGACAACAUUGCAUCGUUUGGAGGCGACCCGGCCCAAAUCCACCUGUCUGGCCUGAGUGGCGGCGCACACCUCGCGCACCAGCUCAUGCACCGCGUCGCGUACGGUGCGAAAUUCGGCGAACGCUCGCCCUUUGCGAGCGUCAUGCUCCAGUCCAACGCGAUCCUCAGCGACCCGCUCACGCGGUCCGACCGCGCCGACCAGUUUGCAGCCUUUGCGCGCGAGCUCGGUGCCGACCCCAGCUCACCGACUGUGCUGGCCGACCUGCGCGACACUGCCAAGUACCCCACGUCGGCACUUGUGCGUGCCGUCGAGCGCAUGGGGACGCUGGGCACGUUCCGCGGCGUCGUCGGCGAGGACGGGGACGGGUGGGUGCGCGCAAACCAGAUGGCGUACCAGCGUUCGGGCGGCCUGGGCCGUGACCUCGCUGCUGCCGGCGUGAAAUGCGUCAUUGUAGGCGACGUGCGUGACGAAGACCACUUCUACACGGCCGUCCACGACGUGACCGCGCCCGACACCCUCCUCCCCAAUGUGGCGCGGUACUACCCCCUCCCGCUCGCGCGCGCCUUGCUCGAGUCGUACCCGCCGCUCCACGCCGGCGCGACCCCCGCCGAGUGCCAGGCGCGCCUGGGCCGCGUGCUCGCCGACGGACAGGUCCACCUCCCCGUCCGCCUCCUCGCCGCCGACCUCGCCCCGUACCUCCCGGUCGUGCGGUACACGAUCGAGAUGGCCCCCAAGGCGCUGGGCUACGACGGCCGCGUCCCGCACGGGGCGGACCUGCCCGUCCAGCACCUGAGACUCAGUGUGUUGUCCCCAGACGAGACCAAGACCGCACUGGAGUGGCACACGGCUCUAGAAGCAGCCGUGGCUCCUGCGCUGGUGGGCGACGGCUCGUUUGUCCAGCGCGGCCAAGAGGAGGUCCUGGCCUUGCAGAAGAACGGCUCGACGGCGUGGUCGGCCGAUUGGCGCUGGCCGUCGCUCCGCGCGGCGGAGAAGGCUUUGCGUGGGGUUGUCCACGAGGAGAGUAAGGUAUGA